UUCAUAUUGUAAUUGAAUUUGCUGAAAAAUGGGGGAUAAAGUGGUAUCGGAAAAAGUAUCCGAAAAGGUGUCGGAUAAAGAGAAGCAAAAUGAAAAAAUACCCGAAAAAGUAUCCGAGAAAACUUCCGAGAAGAUAGAAAAGCCUGAAACCAAAAAAAAGGUCCGUAGCAGGACAACGGUUGAUCCUGAAGAUGAUUUUGAUGAGUGGAGACGACCCAGGCUUCAAAAACCAGACAACCAAGUUGAUUUGACUGAAUUGGAACUAAAAGAAGUCAUACCAAGAGCUCUUACUACAGAUAACCCGCAUUUACCCGACAGCUUAGUCGAAUUCAGUUAUGGAGUGGGCUCCUUUGUUCCCGUACCAGCUGUCACGAACAUAGUACACAUCUACCAACAACAUGGAACGCUCCUCCACAGAAGCGAACCCGAAGCACGCCAACAAAUGAUCGAAAUGGGUCUUGAUCCCGACGAAAUACUGGAGGAUGAAGAAGAACAUGUCAUCGUAAGUCAAGAACCGGAAGAAGAGGAUGAGGACGAGCAGACCCUUGAUGAUGAAGAGGAAGAGGAGGAGGAGGAAGGGGUCGUACCAACGGAAGAUGAUGCUCCCCCGCCUGCUCCAAAGGAAGAAGAGAAGGAAGAAGAUGAGGAGCAUGAAGAUCAUGAAGGGGGAGGAGGCGGCUUUAAGGCGGCUGCCCAACAAAAAGGAGGAAGACCCAGGAAGCUAGUUAACUCCUUUAAUUUUUCUGAGAGAGCUGCUCUUACUUAUAACAAUCCUACGAGAUCUCAAGAGGUUCAAACCACACCACCUCCAUUAGCUACAUUUUCGGCUAAUGUUCUCCAGUGGGUAAUUUAUGAUGCAUACCAGGAAGAUUUCGCAGAACAACAAAAACAAAAGGAGUUGGAGAAGUUAAGAAAAGAGCAAGAGAAGUCUGCUCCAACGAGAGGAGGGAAAGCCGGUCCUGCUGGUGCUAAAGGUAAAAAAGGACCAGGACUCAGCGAAGAGGUGCAAAAUAGAGUACUGGAAUCUUGGAAGGUUUUGGAAAGAAUGCUUAAUUUGAAUUCUUACACCGAUAUAGCUAAAGAUUAUAGGUAUUGGGAUGAUCCAUCUGAUGAAUAUAGAGUUGGCGAAGGAACUUUAUUACCCCUUUGGAAGUUUUCUUACGAGAAAACUAAAACGAACACGGUUACGGACUUGGACUGGAACCCAUAUUAUUAUGAUCUUUUCACAGUUUGUUUGGGGUUCUUGGAUUUUAUGAGACCAAUACCACAAGGAGCUGUGUGUCUAUUUACUAUUAAAAAUCCAUCAUUCCCCGAUUACAUAUGUAUGACGGAUGCAGCAGUUAUGUGUGCUGAUGUGCAUCCCAAAUAUCCAUACAUGUUGGUAAUUGGUCGAUACGAUGGAGCAGUUUUAAUUUUCAACGUUCAACUAUCGUGCAGUGAACCAAUUUUUAGUAGUAAUAAUGUGACCAACAAACACCGAGGAAUUGUGUGGGAGGUCAAAUGGGGACCGGAUUUAGCUGAUGGGGAACUGAAUUUUUUUUCAAUAGCUACUGAUGGUUUAGUUAAUAAUUGGAUACUUGUACAAAGUGAACUGACUAGAGUAACGAUCAUCAAUUUGUAUUUAGAGACGGAUCCAGCACCCGGACCUGAUGGAACUAAAUUUAAAUUAAAAAGUAGUGCUUCUUGCAUCCAGUUUCAUCCUGACAACCCUCAAAUUUAUUUAGUUGGUACAGAAGAAGGUCUUAUCUAUAAGUGUACAACUCAGUACAGUGCUCAAUACCUACUUACGUACAAAGCUCAUGAUCUACCUGUCAGUCGAAUUGAUUACAACAAAUAUAACAAAUCCAUAUUUAUAUCUUGCAGUAACGAUUGGAGAGUGAAAAUAUGGGAAGACAAUAGAUUGGAGGCCCUUUUUUCAUUUGAUUUGGGAGAACGAGUGAUGGAUGUGAAAUGGGCUCCAUACUCGUCCACGGUAUUUGCAGCAGUUUGCACCGAUGGAAAGGUGUACGUUUUCGAUAUCAACGUUAACAAAUACAAAGCUAUCUGUGUUCAAGCUGUAGUUUCCAAAAAAAGAAAUAAACUGACAAGACUUGCUUUCAAUCCAAAAUUGCCCAUCAUCAUUGUCGGAGACGAUAAGGGCUCUGUGUCUGCGUUGAAAUUGUCACCAAAUCUUAGAAUCCCAUGUAAGGCGCCCAAAAAACAACAGCACUUGGACCAGUGGACUCUCCAAUGCAUGAAACUUGAUAAACUAUUAGCUCUAGUCAGAGAACCUAUUACGUUAACACGCCCUCCAGACGUUGCUGGCCAUGAGGAUGAUUAGAAAUACUAAAUUAAAAUAAUAUUAUUGAAGUGCUAUCUAGAUUUAUGACAAUACAGAAGUUAAUAAAUUGAUUAAAUAA